GCCAUCUGAAAGGAGAGCAAGUCAAAAAAUGACAGGAGACCGGGUAGUCCACCGCCGCCCCUGACCACACUCUCCCCGAUCCGAUCCGCCGGCGAUGGCCGCCCCUCACCGUGCUUUCCCCGAUCCGCCGCCGAUGGCCGCCUUCCGUUCUGGCCGACACGCUGCCCACCUCCGCCUGGCCGUACCACCGCGGCUCGCCGCCCACCCUUCCUUCCGCUUCCCCACCACGCCCCUCCCCCCCCCAUCCAAGACGCGCCUCCCCGCCGCCGGCGCCGCUUCUCCCUACGCCGCCGCGCUCCUGCGCAUCCUCGCGCUCCACUCCCUCUUCCUUCUCGCGCCCGCCGCCCGAGCGCUCCCCUCCCUGCCCCACCUCAUCCUGCUUCCGCCGGUCCUCGCCAUCAUCUCCGCCGUCGCCAUCCUCCUCAUCCCCUCCAAGAGCCAACCCCACCCCUUCCCGGCGCUCCGCCACCUCUUCCGUCCCUCCCUCCUGCUAGCGGCGUCCCUUCUCCUCCGACUCGCCUCCCUCCACCUCAUCACCGACCCCGGUCUCAUCGUCCUCGCAGAUUCCGCCGGCGCGUUGCUCGCCCGCGCCCUCAACCGUCCCUCCCGCCGCCGCGUGAUCUCCGUCGCUGCCGCCUCCGUUUCGCUCGCGGCCGCAUCACCUUCCCACUCCGUGCUUCUUCUCGUGCUCCCCUUUGCUUCCGGCCUCCUCUCCUCGGUCGAGCACUCUGUAUCUGCGCGACAUGUCACCCGCAGCCGCCACGCCCGUGCGGCCGUUUUUGCCCUCGCCGCCACCUUCCUCUCGGCGCCGGCACUUGCGGGCCUCUUCUUUCUUGGUGGCACUGACACCAGCGAUGGUGUCCCGAUUGGCCAGCUCUGGUGGCUGCUCCUUAAUGCCGCUGUCUUUGGCAUGGCCUUGGGGCGACGGCAAGCCUACGACAGCAGUAGCAGUAGCAGCAGACCAAGCAUGAAUUUUGCAAUGACCUUUGUGUGCACUAUUGUUCUGGAGCUGGUGUACUACCCAAAGCUGUCGUUGCCGGGCUUCUUAAUUUGUGGGUUCGUCUUGUGGAUCGCCAGCAGGGAGCUGACUUCUUCAGGAUAUGUUGAGCUUGGGAGCACUGACGAGUCGGUGUAUGAGGCUGUCAUGGGGCCAGUCCGGCAUAUCCUUAGUGAACGCAAAUCCAGGAAGAUUGCUGCUUUUCUGUUGAUCAACACAGCUUACAUGUUUGUUGAGUUCGCCAGCGGUUUCAUGAGCGAUAGCCUUGGGCUGCUCUCUGACGCUUGCCAUAUGUUGUUUGAUUGUGCUGCUCUGGCAAUUGGGCUAUAUGCAUCGUACAUUGCGAGGCUACCUGCAAAUGGAUUGUAUAACUAUGGAAGGGGCAGGUUCGAGGUGCUAUCUGGGUAUGUUAAUGCAGUGUUCUUGGUGCUUGUUGGGGCCCUGAUUGUGUUGGAGUCGUUUGAGAGGAUACUCGAGCCUCGGGAGAUAUCAACAAGUAGCCUUUUGGCAGUUUCUGUUGGUGGACUUAUUGUAAAUAUCAUUGGAUUGGUUUUCUUUCAUGAGGAGCACCAUCAUGCGCAUGGCGGUAGCUGUUCCCACUCUCAUUCACAUUCUCAUAAUCAUGGUCAUGAAGAUCACCAUCACCAUCAUGAUCAUGUUCAUGAAGAUCACCAUCACCAUCAUGAUCAUGUUCAUCAGACUGCUGAUCACGAGAAGACAUGUUCCAGUCAUCAUGGAGACACAAAUAAGAGCCAUCAUCAGAAUCACCAACAUGAUAGCAACAAUGCAGAGAAUCAUCAUCAACAUAACCAUGGCUGUAGCCACAAGCAUGGUCACAAUGGCCACAUGGAACAUCACCAGCAGGGUGUAGAUCAGGCUCAUCAAGAUUGCAGCAGCAUCAGCAGCGAGCAAGGACUUCUUGAGAUUCCACUGAUAAAUGUUCACUCUCAUGGCGCAGAAUCUCAGUCUUGUAAUGGAGAAGUUGAAUCGCCAGAAAUCGGAAACCAUGGCAAGACAGCAAGUCGGCGUCACAUUGACCAUAACAUGGAAGGUAUCUUCUUACAUGUCCUAGCUGACACAAUGGGAAGUGUCGGUGUUGUGAUCUCGACCCUACUAAUCAAGUACAAGGGAUGGCUAAUAGCAGAUCCCAUUUGCUCUGUAUUCAUUUCAAUAAUGAUUGUGGCUUCUGUCCUUCCAUUGUUGAGAAAUUCUGCUGAAAUUUUGUUGCAAAGAGUUCCAAGGAGCCAUGAGAAGGACUUCGAAGCAGCACUGGAUGAUGUUAAGAAGAUUAAUGGUGUGAUUGGAGUCCAUAAUGUUCAUUUAUGGAACUUGACAAACACCGAUAUUGUAGGCACUUUUCAUCUUCAUAUAUCAGCCGGAGCUGACAAGUCUGUUAUAAGAGAAAGUGCUUCACGGAUAUUUCAAGAAGCUGGGGUUCAAGAUUUGACUAUCCAGAUCGAAUGUGUCGAAAGAUAGCAGUUGUUGGUAUAGCGACACUUGUUGGUAGUUUGAUAGGAUUUUGGCACAGGUCAAAUAUAUCUGUAGUGCUUAAUUCAGGAGCCAUCCUUUAUGUACCGCUGAAAGGAAAUUGCAUUAAAAUACAGGUUUGCAGCUUAAUCAUUUUGGUCUGAGCAACUUAAUAUUUAUAUGCUGUAUAUUGUCCAUGUUGCAUAUAGACUUCACAAAAGCUUUCCAAUCACAUGAUGAUAAGCAGUUCAAGCUUAAACAAGCAGAUUAAUGAAGAAAACAAAGAGCACAAUGCCAGCAGAAAAGAAAGGAAAUCAGAGAAUAACGCGAGUUCAUUACAUAUGACCAUAUAUAACCAGUUCAAACUUGAGCAAGCAAAUUAAUAGAGAAAGCAAGUUAGGUAGCAAUAAACGAGAAGUAAAGCCUCUAAAUUAAAGAGGUACACUGAAUAAUGCAAGCGCUGGCAUUGUUGGAGCAGAGCAACUGGAGCCUUAGUCCAGCUCAGAUAUAAUCCGUGUCGUGUGCAUCUUCGACAUUGAAUUGUAUCCAUUUCAUGCACCCUCUCGUAUUCAUGACCUGGUAUGUGCCUACAUAAUAUGGGUAUGUCUUUCUCCGUCAUCCCCACUGGCCACCACUGCCUUCGAUUGUGGCUGUGGAAGCAAUGAAGAAAUAUGUGGGAUCUAAAAUGAAGCAUGUCAAGAAUUAAUGAAAGAAAGCAUCAGAUGGAUGAGUAUAGAUACUCCAGAUCAAUCCUUUUUUGUUUAUCAUCGUAAACAUCAUAAUAGUCAUCAUCAUCCUCAUCAUUGGCGUCUUGAUUUGGAGACUGAGAUGCCAAGAAGAGCAACAAGACCUUGUUGCUUGCAUCCUCGUAUCUUUUGGCAGGGAGUUAAUUAUCGUUUGGCGGCGAAAAGACUGAUGAAAGCAUACAGGAUAGUAUGCAGAACACAUUCCCUUCAGUUCUUGAAUCAGAGUGCAGCAGUGAAGAACAAGAUGCUUUUUUGGUUGAUGAAUUGGUCCGAAUAGAUUGAGAGGCCGCGACUAUCAGAUGUGUGCGGACAAGCUGAGAUGGAGGAAAGAGUUCGGCGUGAACAUGAUCCUUGAGGCGAUCACGCUGACCUACAGCAAUGCUGCAGUUGUUGCAAUCUUUGCUUAAUGUCUACUCCCUCUCCCAUAAUAUAAGAGCGUUUUUUACACUAGUUAUAUUAUGGGACGAGGGAGUAACAUUCAACUGAGUUCAUGUGGACAGGUUUUUUGGGUUUUACCGCCCCCUGGCGACACAAGCUCGUCCUCCUCUGCGCCGCCCCUGGUAACAAGUCCCGCCUGUGCUUCAGCGGCUGCCACUCCGUCACUCCCUCUCCCUGUUUGUCUUCUUGGUGCCCGCCAGUUGGUCGAGGAGGCAGCAGUACGAGAUGUUAUUGAUCGCUGGUCUGUUACCAGUUUGCAUGUACCAUGCUGCUAGCAUAUAACGUAUUUAUGCAUCUAUCCAAGGAAUCCUGUACCUUCCAGAUUUUCUCAUAUAUUUGCACAGUACAGAUUUUAUUGUUGUGUUGUUGAAAUAAACGAUCAUGGCAACACAUGAAUUCGAUGACUA